GUAUACCAUUUGUCAGUUUGACAUCAAGUUGUUUACCAACAAAACCCGGCUCGUGUUGGUCCGUUCCAAUCGAGAAAACGCAGUGCUAAUAUUCUGAGCCUAACUUUUAAACAGUUUUAUACUGAAGUUUAGAGACAUUGAAACGCCACGAUGAGUGAACAAAUUGAAGAGCUAGAAGGGUCGGAGCUUGGAACAAAAGAUUUCUGGGAGUCGAGCUACACUCGAGAGAUAGCGAACUAUCGCGACCAUGGCGAUGUCGGUGAGGUUUGGUUCGAUGAGGACAGCCAGAACCGCAUCAUUUGCUGGAUUGCCAAACAGGAGGAUGAAAUCAAAGCGGACGAUUCUAUCAUCGAUUUGGGCUGUGGAAAUGGCAUGAUGCUGAUCGAGCUGGCCAGAGAAGGGUACACGAAGCUGACCGGCAUCGAUUACUCACCGAAAGCCAUCGAACUAUCGAAAGCCAUAUGCCGGGACCAGGACCUUAACAUCAACUACCAGGUGGUGGAUUUGAUGUCGGAACCGGAAGUGGCUGCGCUGGGACAGUUCAAAGUGGUACACGAUAAGGGCACGUACGACGCGAUCAGUCUGCAUCCGGAGGAUGCGAAAACAAUGCGUACGCACUACAUCGCCAACGUGCAUCGGAUGUUGCAUGAUGAUGGACUUUUCAUACUGACGUCCUGCAACUGGACCGAGAGUGAGCUGGUUCAAAGUUUCGCCGAACUGUUUAAAUUACGCACGGUCAUACCAACGCCGACGUUUAAAUUCGGUGGCAAGGUGGGCAGCGUGGUAACGUCGAUUGUGUUUGAGAAAAAGUGAUUAGUUUUAGACUGAAUAAAUGGUUAUCGCUCAGGAAAA